AUUGGUUUUUAUCGUUUCUGGCUCUACCCUCCUGUAAUCCAAGUUGUCUUAUUUCAUCUCUGCCUGUUUCCCAUCCAGACUAUUCUGACUGUUCCAGUAGAUUUGUGGGUUAUUUGGGAUCCACGUUUUCUGCUUGCAUCUCACUGUUUUCUCUCAAACAUUGACAAGAAUAUACAUAUAUGGGAAUACCAGAGGAUAGUAUAUCUAUACAUAUAAUAUCUUUGAGAAUUUAAAGCCUGAAGAGACAGAAUAUAAAGGAACCACUGCCUGCCUGGCCUCUAUAUGUGGUAUAGAAUUAAGAAGUCAUAGACAUGGAUUGUGCAAGAGUUUAUGCCCUUCCUGUUUUGUUGGAUGUCAUAAUUCUUGACAGGGUUUCCAGGAACCAGUCUGCUCUAUCCGAUGGGUGUGUCCCCCUGUGCAGAGAGUGUCACUAGUUCUCUGUGUGUGGAUGUGGAGAUCUGGCACAAAUCAUUGUCAUGGGCCUUGGGGCUGCUCUUCUUGGAUUUGUGUGUUUAAUAGAGCAGAGGAUCUGGGCACACUAUGGACCAUCUCCUUAUCUUUCAAUCUGGGCAGUACCAGGAACUGUGAUUUCCACAGGCAGUACAGUGACUGUCUUCUGCAGGUCCCCUCCAGGAGUGACCAACAUGCGUCUACAGAAUUAUUUACACAAUGAAAUAUGGUAUGAUAAAACCCCACAGGGAGACCAGGAGGUUUUUGAGUUCAGUCUGCAGAAUAUCAUACACACCCAUGCUGGGAUUUACUACUGUUACUAUUACAAUGGAGGCAAAUGGUCACAAACUAGUGACAAAUUGGAGUUGAUUGUGACAGGUGCUUACAAGGAGAAACCAUCUCUUACUAUUGAUUCAGGACCCCAGGGAUUCUCAAAAAGAAAUGUGACCCUGGUCUGUCACACACAUCAUUUCUUUGACCUCUUCAUCCUCUGCAGAGAUGGAAAUGCUUCCUUUCCUCGGAACUGCUUACAACAGGACCAUAACACAUUCCUCAUCUCCCCUGUGAGCCCAGGGUACAAGAGGACCUACAGAUGCUUUGUAUCUCCCAAAGUCAAUUCCUAUUUGUGGUCAUUGCCUAGUGACCCCCUUGAGCUUUUAAUCCCAGGUCCAUCUGUGUCUCCCAUUGUGGUUUGGGUCACAGUUGCUGCUGUCUGCUUUCUCAUCUUCUUCCUCCUCCUCAUCUACCUCUGCCAUCAUUGGGCUAAAUGCAAGACCAGCAGUGCUAAGACCAGGACCCAAGUGAAAUAUAAGAGCUCCAGCCCAGCCAUGGACACCGAUGAAAAAAUUAAAUGUAAGGUGGAGUGUCUCUGAGGAAAGUGAUGCUUGUGGAACUUAGUAGGCUUUCAUGGAAGAGCAGAAGAGGUGUGGGGUGGGGUGCCAUUCUGCUGUGUGAUGUUGCUGUCUUUCCCUAGGAUUCUGUUGGUCAUUUGUGAAAUAUAAAAUACAAAUCUAUAUAGUUUAAAGGCUCAUGUGGAAGAGGCCCACUCUCUCAACUUUCCUUUCAGAUGACGAAUUGGAAUGCAUUCAGCCUGAGAACUGCUGCCAGGCGGACACAAAGGUGAGCUUUCCCUACCUUCCUGCUCUCAUUUUCUUAAAUCCUACCUUGGUAUUUUCUUCAUAAUUUGUGUCUUAUGAUAGAAGUUGUCUGCAGUAGAAGACUCAAAGGAGGUGACUUAUGCCCAACUAUGCCAAGAGAUCUUCCUGGAGAACAUGGAUUCACUUCCCUCCAAUACUCUUCACCACAUGUCUACACAGACCUGUGUGUAUGCCACACUCAGAUUAUCCCAAGAGGAGAGCCAGAGCUAGCAAUGAAGUGUGAAGCUAUUUCUUCAGCAGAGGGAGGUGACAUGAAUGAAGCUUCUCAUGUUCUUCAACUUAACCCAUCGCCUUGGAGCUCCAAUGAACUCAAGUGUAGAGAAGCUUGUUAACUGUGAAGGAACUCUGGAGCUUAUAGACGUCACUCAGCAACCUUCCAAUUCCUUGUGAUUUUCUCAUUCACUUGCUUGUAUACCUGUCAGAUGUGUGCAGAUGACUCUUUCCUUUGGCUCACAUUAACUUAGUAAGACAUGGUUUCCAUCAUCUACUGAAAGAGGCAAGUGGUAUAAUGUGAAAUC